CUUCCCCUCUUCUGUUUCUCCUGGUACCUCUCUCCCCUCUCUAUCUCUUUUCAUUCUCUGCAUUGGGUGAGAGAGAGAGGGUAGGUGAAAUCUGAAAGGAAUCAAAUAUCGUUGGAGUUGUUGUCUAUUUUUUGUUUACAGCUGUGACAUUCAUCAAAAGCUAUGGAUUUCAAUCAACAAGCUCAUCCGGAUUGCAUAUAUUCUGCCAAUCCUUUCCAUGAAUGUGCUUCAGCUUGUUUAGAGAGGAUUGCUCAAGGCCAUGUGAUCAAGAAGAGCCCUAAGAAGCAAGGUUCAAAGAUUCUUAGCUUCUCAGGAAGUUUCGGUAGGAAAAAGAAGGAAACGCAUUCACAACCGCCUUCACCGUUAUCUGCAAGGCCUAAUCAAAACGGUGGUGGCGUUUUUGGAAACGCUAAUAAUACCCCAAGGGUUCAUCGUUCAGUACCUCCACCUGUUGCUGUAAAGAACAAGAAAGUUUCUGAUUCGGACAAGUCUUUCUCCUCUUCUUCAUCCGGCGACCCUGAUGAUUUCUAUAAGCAUAAACCGGAGAUGAAACUCUCUCAAAUCAUGCCUUUUUCACCUAAACCGGGAAAACAAGAACAAGACGUGAAUAAGACUGAAGCAUGCACAGAAACUACACUGUUUAAUCUCCUAAGCUCUCCAAUACAGCAUGAAAAAGAGAGCAGUGAUGAUUACAAUGAUGAUGAUGACAACAUCAAUGAGAUUGGAGUAGAGCUCGAUCUUGAAUCAGUUAUGUCUGACACUUUUGUCUCUGUCGGAAAAUACAAAGUGAGGUCUGGUUCGUCACCAAUUCUAACCGGUAUCAUCGAGAAACAUGGAGACAUUGCUCAAGACUGUAAGCUGGAGUCAGACUCAAUGCGGUCCCGUUACCUCGAGUGUUUAUGCUCAUUAAUGCAGGAGCUCAGGUCAACUCCUGUCGGGCAGUUGACUAAAGUCAAAGUCAAAGAGAUGCUCGCAGUUCUCAAAGACUUGGAGUCUGUGAACAUCGAAGUGGCCUGGCUACGUACGGUUCUUGAGGAGUUUGCGCAGUCUCAAGAAGAUGCAGAGAAUGAGAAAGAGAUGCAAGAGGAGUUAGUGAAGGCUAAGAGAGAAGAGCUCGAAGCUCAAGAAGUCGAUUUGGUUCGGUUGGAGGAGGAAGUGGCCAAAGCGAGGUUAGGGAUCGAGGAGACAAGGGCUGUGGUGGUCGAGAUGGAAAGGGAACGGUCGAGGAUGGAGAAAAUGGGAUUCAAAAUUGAGAAGUUUAAAGGGAAAGCGUUUAUAGAUGAGCUUCUGUGAGAUUGUGAUGUUGUUAGUAGUAAGUAGUAGCCCAAAAAUUUUACAAAAAAAAAAAAAAAAGUAGUAGUCCAAAAAUCAAAAUACUCUAAAUGAGUUGUUUUUAAAGUUUAGGCUUUAAGGUUGAUAAAAAAAAUGUUUAGGCUUUAAGUAUAUGGGAAAGCUUUCACUAAGGUGAAUGUUGUUGCUUAUUAGUAGUAACUUGUGAUGGUGUUGAAGUUUUUUUUGUUGAGAUAUCGUGUUUGUUGCUACUAAAUAAAUAUGUUUUGGCUUUGUGAUGCAAAGUGUAUGUUUAUUUAUUAGUAACUUGUGAAGGUGUUGAAGUCUUUUUGUUAAGAUAUCUUGUUUGUUGCUACUAAAUAAAAAUGGUUGUUUUGCC